AUGCCGUUCAACUCGCCCUAUGAACAAAUCCCCAUUCCAGAGACGGACAUCUGGAACUUGUGCUUCUCGCGGCGCAGCAAGCCGUUCCUAGACAGCAAGAUCAUCUACACAGAUGGGGCGACGGGCGACCGGCUCGACUGGGGUGCCCUCCGCAGCGCAUCGGUCGAGUUCGGCAAGGGGCUCAAGGCGCUCUGGGGAUGGCGGCGCGGCGAGGUCAUGGCCUUUUUCACCCCCAACAGCAUCGACACCCCGGUCAUCACCAUGGGCCUGCUGUGGGCGGGCGGCGUGGCCAGUCCCGCCAACCCGCUCUACACGGCCGACGAGCUGGCCUUUCAGCUGCGCGACUCGGGCGCCCGCGCGCUCGUCACGCAGCUCCAGCACCUUGACGUCGCGGUCAAGGCGGCGGCGGCGGCGGGCAUCCCGGAUGACAGGAUCAUCCUGGUCGGCAAGCACAUGACGGAGGAGGAGGCGGCCGGCGGCAGCAGGUUCAAGCACUACAGCAGCAUCAGAAGCACGUUUUACUGCAGCAAGUAUGCCCAGACCCUCGUGGAGCCGAAGAAGGACUUGGCCUUCUUGGUGUACAGCAGCGGCACCACGGGGCUGCCCAAGGGGGUGUGUCUGAGCCACUAUAACAUCGUGGCCAACCUGUUGCAGGUGGGCCGGACUGAGGGUUAUUACCUUCUGCCUGUGGGAGGGCUGGAUGGGCAGGGCGAUCGGAUGUUGGGGGUCACGCCGUUCUUUCACAUAUAUGGCCUUAUAUCAUGCGUUCUGUCCUCAGCCUACUUUGGCUGGGAGCUGAUUAUCAUGUCCCGCUUCGACAUGGACCAGGUGUGCGCGCUGAUCGAGAAACACCGCAUCACGUACGCGUACGUCCCUCCGCCCAUCGUGCUGGCAUUUGCCAAGUCGCCCGUCUGCGACAGAUACGACCUCUCAUCGCUAAAGAUGCUGCACUCGGGCGCCGCGCCUCUGACCCGCGAGCUGACCGAGGAGCUGUGGAACCGGCUCAAGCUCCCCGUCAAGCAGGGCUACGGCCUCUCGGAGAUGUCGCCCGUCGUCUCGGUCCAGACGCCCGACGAGUGGGCAAAGUUUAUGGGCAGCGUCGGCAAGCUUAUGCCCAACAUGACGGCCAAGCUGGUCGCGGCGGACGGCAGUGAGGUUCCGGACGGCGAUGAGAUGGCCGAGGGCGAGCUCUGGGUCAAAGGUCCGCAGAUGUUCUUGGGAUACCUGAACAAGCCGGACAAGACCAAGGAGACGAUGAGUGAGGAUGGGUACUUCAAGACGGGCGACGUCUUCCGGAAGGACAGGUUCGGGAACCUGUACUGCGUCGACCGGCUCAAGGAGCUCAUCAAGUACAAGGGAUUCCAGGUUGCGCCGGCGGAGUUGGAGGGAUUGCUGCUGGGGCACCCUGAGGUCUCCGACGUCGGCGUCGUUGGCGUCCAGGACAAGGAGCUGGCGACCGAGGUGCCAAGGGCGUACGUUGUGCUUGGGGAGAAAAAGGCCGGAGGCGAGGCAAAGGCCAAGGAGAUCGCGGACUGGAUGGCGAGCAGGGUGGCGCCGCACAAGAAGCUGCGGGGAGGGGUGGUGCUGGUCGAUGCGAUUCCCAAGUCUCCCAGCGGUAAGAUCCUGAGGCGGGAGCUGAGGGAUAUUGCCAAGAAGGAGGUGAGGGGCGGGAGUGCAAAGUUGUAG